CUCCGGCUUGACAACCUUCUCUCCGGCGGGGAAGGGGGCGGCACUUCCUUCCCGGACGAGGCCGGAGAGGUCAGUUUUAAACGGGGAAAUGUCAAGAAGCGGCCACUAGGGGGCGCGUGGUGGAAGUGGAACGCCGCACUUAGUAACCUCGGAGGAUUGUCAAACAUUGUCAUGGUUAAAAGGACUGGAGAGAGAGAGAGAGAGAGACAGGAAAAGAGAAACAGUGAUCGCUCAGGAUUCCGCCGUGGAACGUUCCCGGGAGGGAAGCAUUGUGACGUCAGCCUACCUACUAAUCCUGCCUGCUGAGGGGGAGCCCGGAGCCAUGAGGUCAUCGCAGCGGCCAGGGUAGCUGUCCCGAGAGCAGCAGAAGCGGCGGCAGCGGCAGCAGCGGCCCGCCAGCUUCCACGGCCUGGGGGAGGGGAGCUGGCCCGAGCAAGGCCGCCUGGGAACCCUCCCGGCAGCCUCACACCCACCAGCUGCAACGGAGGCUGCCACCGCCGCCGAGUCCCUGAGCAAAAAAAGCAUGGAGGAAGAGGCGGCCGAGGCGAAGGAGCCGCAGGUCGGCUCCUGGCUGCCGGUGCUGGUGGAGCAGAUGGUGAACGACACCUUGGUGGUUACCCUGAGCUGCGGGGAGAAGCGCUUCACCGGGAUCCUGCUGGAUUGCACUAAAAAAUCUGGGCUGCUCUGUGUUCCACCACCUUCAUUACCAAAGAUGGAUGACCCACCUCCUAAAACUUGCACUAACGGGAAGCCUGAAGACUGUACAGCUGGAAAGCUGGAAAGCAAACCAUGGUCUUGGGAAGAGAAGUCUUCAGGAGCUAAUGGCGAGGAGCAAGUUCCUCCCCUUUUGCCUCCACCCCCAUCUGGCGCUGUUCUUCCUUACCCUCCCUAUUUUGAGGGAGCCCCUUUCCCCCCUCCAUUAUGGUUAAGGCACACAUAUAAUCAGUGGGUACCUCAGCCACCUCCACGGACUAUAAAAAGAACGAAGAGGCGCUUGUCCCGAAAUAGAGACCCAGGCAGGCUCAUCAUGAGCACCAUUAGACUGCGGCCAAGGCAAGUACUUUGUGAAAAAUGUAAAAACACAUUGAAUCCAGAGGAGAGUAAUGCAGCCGGGCAGAAUGCAAAGACCAGGAGGAAGCUUAGCAUUCAGGACAAGGAGCAGAAGAGACACAGUGAAUCUGAUUUUGUGGAGAAGAGAAGCAAAAGAGAGAAGAGGGAAGAAGAGAAGUUUUCUGGUGAGCUGUUGCAUCGGACCCCAGUUAUAAAAAUAUCUUACAGCACCCCACAAGGCAAAGGAGAAGUGGUGAAAAUUCCCUCUCGUGUCCAUGGCUCGGGGAAGUCAUUUUGCCCUCAGCGACUAUUGCAGAAUGGGGAGGAGGACCAAGAGGAAACUAGAGACUCCGAACAAUAUCAGGAGUCGAAAUGCUUUAUGGACAAGUCAGCAAGUGGCCACCUUGCUUCCAUUCCAAAGUUAAAAUUAACCAGGCCUGUGCAUUCCAGCAUAGACGUGCCACCUCCAAAAAUCCGGCUUAAGCCCCAUCGGCUGAACGACGGGGAUAGUGUUUCAAUUUACAAAGCAGAACUUAUUGAUGAGAUGAAUGUCCUUCCUAGAGGCAGAGAGUCUCGUGCUGCUGCUGCUGCUGCAUCUGGGUUUUAUACUGAUGAGUCUGCUGACAGGAGUUUAGCUGAGAUGUCUUCAGGAAGCUCCUGUGAAGAUGAUGACUUCAAGAGGUUUCCUCAAAGUAAAGGUGGACAUGAUAACUUGGCUUUCCUUAUGAAGUACCAUAAAAGGAAAGCUGAUUCUUCAAGCUUAUCCGUGUGUAGCAAUGACAGCCUUGAUGAAUCAAAGUCUUCUUCUAGCUCAGAAAUAACAUCACCAGAAUUGUGUGACUUUUUACCUGGUGAUGAUGCAUCUGUGUCUUCUUCCUCAAAAGAUGAACGUAAAAUUGUGCCCCCUUUAACCGUUAGACUGCACACACAAAGUGUCUCCAAAUGUGUCACAGAAGAUGGAAGAACUAUUUCCGUGGGAGACAUCGUUUGGGGCAAAAUUCAUGGGUUCCCUUGGUGGCCGGCCCGAGUACUUGACAUAAAUCUUAGCCAGAAGGAAAAUGGAGACCCUUCUUGGCAGGAAGCAAAAGUAUCAUGGUUUGGUUCUCCAACAACGUCUUUCUUGUCACUCUCAAAACUCUCCCCUUUCUCUGAAUAUUUCAAAUUGCGAUUUAAUCGUAAGAAGAAAGGGAUGUAUAGGAAAGCUAUUACAGAAGCUGCCAAGGCAGUUGAACAUCUGACACCAGAAAUAAGAGACCUCUUAACACAAUUUGAAACAUAAUUUUGGCUUCAGUAACAGGUAACAGAAGAUAAGAGUACAGCUGUCCUAGAGUUUCACGAAGUCUGUAAACAGCCUGACACACUUCCCUGGGAGAAUCGUAAGGUUUCAGUGCACAUGGCAGCAGGAUAUGUUUCCAGACUGGUCCAGCUCCUUCACCUGUGAACAAAAACCAGCAUCUGGAUAGCUCAGGAGGCAUUCCAGAAGCUAGUCUGACCAAAAGUCAUAAGGCUGCUUAAUGCAAAGAAGCACGUUGGCGAGUAAUAUUUUGAUGAACUUGAAGACCUGAUGAAUACUAUGUCUUGGAAUGUAUUUAUUUACUUAUAAAAUGUUAGCUACUCUUGAUAAUUCCUACCCCACUUACACACACAUUGCUGCUGCUUUUACUUAAUGGAAUCUCUUACAACCUUUAAUUUUAACUCUGCAGAACUGUUUACUCCAAUUAUGUACACACUUGAGAAGGGACAUGCAAUAGAAUCGAAUCAGUGUAGUCUUAAAGUGAAAAUGGACUCAUUUUUGUGUCUAUUAAAACUUGGAGAAUGUGCAACACAUGACCUCUGAAUUGCUUUUAUUCUAAAUAAUAAGGCUCGGGCCUUGUUUGCGUUCCUUCUUAGCUUGUGGUCUCCCACCACAUCUCCCUUCAACAAGGGAAAGCAAAUUAUUAGGGUAUAGGCACCAAGCACUUUAUAUUACAGCUAUAGCGGAAAUAUAAGGAAACAACUUCUUACAUGUAUAGUGAAAACAAAAAUCAUUGUAAUAACAACUGAACACUGUAUCUUUCUUAGUGAAUAACCUGGAUAUCUGAGCUCCCUAAUUUUUAUGUGCCUGAAGCUUAGUUAUUUACUUUGGCUGUGCCUUAGUCCAAUACAGCCUGCUUCACAGAGGCUUUUUUUGGUCACAGCUCAUCAAAAGAGUCUUCUGCACAGUGUAGACAAGCAUCCAGCCGAACACUUGUCUGGUCAGGUGACUGACUUAGCCAGGUGAUCUGUUCCUUGUAAUAACUGGAAAUACAAAUAAUCUGUUAUCUUUAUAGAAAUGAUAUAGAGGCAGGUGCACACCAGGCAAAUCCCUUUUGGUUCUCUAUU